GCCCCAGCAGCCUCAGCAUCAGCUGAGUUUCAGGGAGAGGCACUUGGGUACGCUAAACUUGACUCUGUGGCUUUCUCGCCCUUUCUAAUCCCUCUGAGGUGGGCAAGGCCCGUGGUUUUAGGAGAAAGAGCCUCAGGGGCCGCUGGCCAGAGAGCCUGAGACAUGGAGGAGGACAGGGAGGGAGAGACAAGAAGGGAGGGAGGGGAGGAAGACAAGCUCCUCUCCUGAAACAACUGGGGAUUCCAAGAAGAGGGAGCCACUUGCCUGCAUCCCAAAUGAUUGCAAUGUCCUGGAGCCAGAGUGAUGCGGUUGUGAACGCUGCCAGGGCCUGCCAGCUGAAUGCCAAGCCAGGAGGGAGUCUGUGAUGAGUGAAGAGUUGGCCUGGACGAGAGACUUCCAACAGUUGCCUCAACUCUCCCGGCAACCAGCCGGGCCUCUGGACUUCCUGGAGAUUACGUCCUUCAGGACCUGACUGGAACAAGGCGAUGCGGAGACGGUCUCUCUCGUCUCGUCUCCUCUCAGGAGCCGCCGGAGCAGGAGUCGCUCCCCGUCAUGUCAGGCCCUCGGGUGGACCCUUCGGCUUCGGUUCUCUUCCCCAGAGGCCCGGUCCUGUCUUCCAUUCAGCUUGGGCCUCCUAAAGGCUUCUGGGAAAGAGCCCUGAACGCCGGCUUCCUGGGACCCGACUCGCUUCCUAAUUAACCCGGGCCCAGAGGGGUCCAGAGCCGCUCUGCUUAAAGGACCAGGCCCUCUCCUCCCUCUGCAGUGGGGCAUUGCGGGGUGGCGCACUGGAAGAGGCAGAUCCCAGCCUGCCCUUUCCAUCCAGCUCACAAGACCGGGUCUCAACAGGAGCGUUCGGGAGCGAGCCCCGGGAGGAUCCCGUGGGUCAUCUGAGCCUUAGGAGCGAUUCCCCACGGAUGGGGGCAUCUGAACUCCUUUCACCUUUGAUUUGAUCAAUCAAAUUCCAGCAGGUGAUCAGUUUCUCGGGCUCCAAAGGGCCCCGGGUUGAGUCUGUUCCCCAGCGGGUUCCUUCCUCCGGGCUCACCUUUCCCGGAAAGCCCACCAGCCCGGCACCCGCGAGUCCCGCUGAGCUCCCCCAGAGGGCCCCGGUUAACGCUUCCCAUGCUCCCAGCGGGGCUCUAGCCAAUGACAACCGUGCUUGGAAUCUCCGCCUCUCUCCGCCUCUGGUCAAGAUGUAGCGGUCUUCCCCACCUGGUGCCAUCGCCGCGCCCGGGGACUCGGGGCGGGCCCUCAUGCUCUCCCUCCGGCCAUGUGGCCGGCAGCAGACUGACAUGGGCCCCGGCCGCGCCCAGCCCGGGAGGGCCGUGAGCGGGCUCGGCCCCCGUCCCUCUACGUUGCUGGUCUGGCUCCUCUUGGCCACCGGGACGGCCCCGACCGACGUGGGCGGCAGCUGCCCGGUCCUGUGCACCUGUCGCCCGCAGGCGGUGGACUGCAGCGGCCAGCGGCUCUUCUCCGUGCCCCCCGACCUCCCGCUGGACACCCGGAACCUCAGCCUGGCCCACAACCGCCUCACGGCGCUCCCGCCGGGCUACCUCUCCUGCUCCGCGGAGCUCCGCGUGCUGGACCUGCGCAACAAUUCCCUGGCAGAGCUGCCCGCGGGGCUCUUCCUCCACGCCAACCGCCUGGCCCACCUGGACCUGAGCUACAACAACCUGAGCCACGUCCCCGCCGACAUGUUCCGGGCGGCCCACGGCCUGCUGCGCCUCGACCUGAGCCACAACCCGGGCCUGAGGAGGGUGCACCCACAGGCCUUCCGGGGGCUGGCGCAGCUCCGUGACCUGGACCUCAGCUUUGGGGGGCUGGCCUUCCUCAGCCUCGAGGCCCUGGAGGGACUCCCGGGGCUGGUGACCCUGCAGAUUGGGGGCAACCCCUGGGUGUGCGGCUGCACCCUGGAGCCCCUGCUCAAGUGGCUGAGGAACAGGAUUCAGCGCUGCGCGGCAGAUUCCCAGAUGGCAGAGUGCCGGGGUCCCCCCGAAGUGGAGGGCGCCCCUCUGUUCUCCCUCACAGAGGAGAGCUUCAAGGCCUGCCACCUGACCCUGACCCUGGACGAUUACCUCUUCAUCGCCUUCGUGGGCUUCGUGGUGUCCAUCGCUUCGGUGGCAACCAACUUCCUCCUGGGGAUCACCGCCAACUGCUGUCAUCGCUGGAGCAAGGCCAGCGAAGAUGAAGAGAUCUGAGCCGGGCUUCCCCCUGGCCGCCCCGGGGCUGCUGACCUCCGCUUCCGCCGACGGCCGACCUGCCAGGGCUGAGGAAAUCGCGUCGCUCCUUGAGGGGCGGCUCCUGGCUCUCAGACCCGCCCAACCAGGGACUGCCAUCGCUGAGGAGGAGCCGGCAGACGUCGGGCGGAGAGGGCACCGCCGCCCCGCCUACCUUGCUGCUCACCCCUUGCCUUUCCCUUCGCAGCUGGGCCCGCCCCUCUCUCCGGCCACCCGGGGCCGGAAAGCUCCAGCGCCAACUUUUCCCACGGCCACCACCCUCCCACCCGUCCGUCUUCCUUCCACUCAACUGCUGCCACCAAAGGAGAGGAGUUAAUAACACUAGUGGUGUCUACUGUGUGCCAAGCGCUGGGGUAGAUUCGGAAUAACCAGAUCGGACGAAGUCCCCGUCCCA